AUGCAUCAUAUAAGUGCGGUUUUUGGUUGCCUUGUUGUGUUGGGGGCUGUACUGUUGCUGCCCGUGACAUGCCUCAGCACCAUUUUGACUGUGAGUGGGAUCUACAUAGCCUGGAGGAAGCCUUGGAAGUUCAUGCACGUGGCUCUAAACACUAUCAAAAGAGACAUCAUAUGUCUGAUUGUCAUACUGCGAGUCAGGUUUGCGAUGUACCAAAAUACCAGAAAAAAGAGAACCAUACCAGACUUGUUUGCAAAGACGGUCGCAGAGCACCCAGACAAACCAGCUCUAAUCCAUGAGCCCACUGGAGAGGUCUGGACUUUCAAGGAACUGCAAGACCAGAGCCAUGCUGUGGCUCACUGGGCCAUGGCACAAGGGUGGGCAGAGGGUGACGUCGUGGCAUUGUACAUGGAAAGUAGUCUUUCCUUGACAGCACUGUGGUUGGGUCUCGCUAUGGUGGGAGUAGAGGCGGCACUCAUCAACUAUAACCUACGUCUGAAAUCCCUUCAGCACUGUGUUAGUGUUUCUGGGGCCCGUGCGCUAGUUUUUGGGAGUGAGCUAACAGAAGCUGUGUUUGUGGUGAGAGGGUCUCUAAACUGUGACGUGGAUGUAUUUUUCACUGGUGUAAACGGCGAUGAGGAGAAGCUUUGCUGUCUCAAAGCUCAGAAUUUGGAUAAUAUGCUGGCAGGUACACACAAGCACAAACCAAGCUACAAACUCACCAAGACAUUUAACGAGAGACUUUUCUACAUUUAUACCUCUGGUACAACAGGAAUGCCAAAAGCAGCUGUGGUGGUGCACAGUCGGUAUUACCGCAUUGCUGCAUUUGGCUAUCAUGCUUUUGCUUUACGGCGUGAUGAUGUCGUCUAUAACUGUCUUCCACUAUAUCAUUCUGCAGGAACUAUCAUGGGUGUAGGUCAAUGUUUGCUCUUUGGUUUGACUGUUGUGAUCAGAAGUAAAUUCUCAGCCAGCAGAUUCUGGGAUGAUUGUGUUAAACACAACUGCACAGUGAUUCAAUAUAUCGGAGAGAUUUGUCGAUACCUGUUAGCCCAACCAGUUCACUCUUCUGAGAGACGCCACCGGGUCCGUGUCGCCAUUGGUAAUGGCCUUCGUCCAUCUGUUUGGGAGGAGUUUGUUCGGCGAUUCAAAAUAAAACAUGUCGGGGAAUUUUAUGGUGCCACAGAAUGCAACUGCAGCCUCAUCAACAUUGACGGAAAGGUGGGUGCAUGUGGCUUCAGUAGUCGCAUCCUGCCAAGCUUUUAUCCCAUCAGGUUGGUCAGGGUGCAGGAAGACAGUAGAGAACUGCUCAGAGACAUGCAGGGACUCUGUAUACCUUGUCAGCCUGGUGAACCAGGGAUGCUAGUAGGCCACAUCAACGAAAAGGACCCGCUCAGAAGAUUUGAUGGCUAUGCUGAUAAGGAUUCCACCCAACAGAAAAUAGCACACAAUGUCUUUAAGAUGGGGGACUCGGCCUACGUCUCAGGUGACGUAUUGGUGAUGGAUGAUGAUGGCUACAUGUACUUCAGGGACCGCUGCGGCGACACCUUUCGCUGGCGAGGCGAGAAUGUUUCCACCACAGAGGUUGAGGGAAUCCUCAGUGGCCUGCUGGGACACACUGAUGUUGCCGUCUACGGAGUUUCUGUUCCAGGUGUGGAGGGAAGCGCUUGCAUGGCAGCAAUUGCACACUCUGAAGGCCAUUUUGACCUUCACGCCUUCUUAUCUGCAGUCCAAAAAGCCCUCGCUCCAUACGCUCGGCCGCUCUUCCUACGACUCCUGCCAGCUAUAGACACGACAGGCACAUUUAAGAUUCAGAAGAUGCGCCUGCAGAAGGAAGGGUUUAAGUCACAAAAUUCAAGUGAAAAGAUCUAUUUUCUUAACAGUCCUGUUGGCUGUUAUGAAGCUGUCACUGAUGAGCUAUAUGAGUCUAUCAUUGAGGGACGUGUGCGUCUAUGA